AUGUCGGAUCGCACCCCUUCGAUAUCCUUUCCAGCCGCACCUCCUUCACCCUCUUCCCCAGCUGCCGCCGGAUCUCACAAAGAGAACUACCAGCUUCUUUUUCCUUCGGAUCACAUCCCUCAGACUCCAACGUCCCCUCCGUUGAUGUCGGUCAGCGAUCAAAGCCAUGUCUCCAACUUUGCAUCCUCCCAGGCAUCACCCAACCAGGCGACUACCCAACAACCUUCCACUUCCUCUCCCCCCUCAUCUACCCCGAUGUCUACACAAGUCUCUCAGCAACCGGCAAUGAGUGCUACAAACUCGUUCCCCACGCCUGCGAGCAGCGUCAGUGGUCACCUCGCGCAUGCGCCGUCAGCGGAGGACGCCGAUCGGAAAAACUUUCACUCUGCAAUGCACGACUCAAUAAGCAAUACGGAGAGACAACAACCAACAAAAUACACACCGACAGACCACGACCGACAGAACCAAAACACAGGCCCCGACGUUGACAUGGAUACCAUGGAUUUGGAUACGGAUUUCUCCGCCUCUAGAACUGACACCCGAAAUCUCGGUUUGGAAUCACUUCAAAAUGACUUCACUUCGGCUUUCCACCUUUGCAAAAGCUUUUUUUGUCUUCGUGGCUUAACAGCUCCCAUUGUGACUGGUCCAGAUCCAUCGUUGGAUCUCAUUUCUCUCUAUGGACUCGGCUCCAUCGCGCAAUCCGUGGCAAGACUGGAUCCCGUGACAGGCGAAAAGAUUAACCGUCUACGGAAGUCGUAUGAGGGCAAACUGAAGGCGUUUGGGCUUGCAGGCAGGAACAAACCGAGCAAACAGGAUCCAGGAGCGCCUGGGACUCUGAGACAUCUCACUAUGUGGCCGGAGGAAGAAUGGCAGAACCAGAAGGUCUUUGGCAAGCCGAUUAAGGUUGCGGACCUUGAUUCGGCGCUCUACAAUCUCCAGGCUCAAGCUAUGAAGUUAGAGCCUGGCCCCGUGGCAAACAAUGAUUUCUGGGAGGAUGCCCUUGGGCAUGAAAAGCCUGCCAAGAACCCAGGUCUCGGUGAUACGAGCAAGAAAGCCGCACAAACACCAGGCGCACGCGUUCCUGUUGCUCAAGGGCCUGUGUCAGCCUCUACACCCCAUGAUCCUGAGCGCCCUCGGCCCAGCCGUGGUCGCAAGCGACAAUACGAUGAUAAUAGCUUUGUCGGGUACGGCGAAGGCUAUGCAGACGACGACGAUGAUCCCGGUUUCUACUCCAAUGGCGAUGGAACCGGGAAAAAGAAACGGAAGAAGGAUCACGUCUCCAAGGUCUCAACUCCUUUAUCCGAGCGCGGUGGCAGCUACGGAGUUGGUAUGUUUGGUAUCGGCGCCAGAUAA